GUUGCUUAGCCUCGCCCACCGGAUGUGGUCAGAGCAGUAUGGCGGCUGCACAGUGAGGAGCGGACAUGUGUUGCUCUGCAGCUUGGAAUUUGAGAGCCUCGAGACUCGAUUAUGGAAAACUACAAGAAGGUGAGGGUGGAAGACAAACCCAUGGAGAUGCCUUUUGCUGCCCUUCCCCCAGAUAUUAUCGAGAUGAAGGUAAAAGAUGGCAGCAAGAUCCGGAACCUGAUGAGUUUUGCUAUAGGCAAGAUGGAGAGUGAGAGUGUGCGGCAGAUAUUGUUCAGUGGUACUGGGAAAGCCCUCAGCAAGACUAUAACCUGCGUGGAGAUCAUGAAACGAAGGGUGAAGGAUCUUCACCAGAUCACAAAGAUCCUUUAUAGACCAACUGAAGAGAUCUGGGAGCCAAUCGUGCCUGAGGUGGGGUUAGAUCCCCUCACUGUGAAAAGGAACAGUCCCUCGAUCUGUGUUCUUCUCAGUAAGGACCCCUUAGACACCACGGAGCCUGGGUACCAAGCUCCAGGCGACUAUGACUCCAUGUGGAUCCAGGAACUUAAAGUGGAGUCUAAAGGGCCAAAGAGGAGGAAACCAGGGUUGGGUCGAGGAGCAUCAAUUGGAAGAAAACAACCGAGACCUCCUGGAGGACGAGGAGAGACCCCCAAGAAGGCAUAGACUGACCCGAGCUAUCAACGGGAGGAUCAAUGCAGGACCUUCCUGUCUACAGUCAUCAUUAAAGGGGUUGACCCAUCUCACACACCGGUGACAUAUCGCUAGGAAAUGCCACCAAUCUCAGAUAUUUCUAGAACGAGGUCACAGCACGCAAACCUGGCCAGCCGCCAUUCACUUAUGGAAGUGACGAAAAUA